AUGCCCCUCCCCCGCGCAUCCCUCUCUUCCUUUCUCACUUCCGCCAAAUCUAUCCUCUCAAACCCCUCCAAACACUCUACACCUCUAACCUUCAUAAUCGGCAACGAAUCCGCCGGCAAGUCCUAUCCAUGCACCCUCCACCCUCCUAUACCCGCCCUCCUCUUCGCCUACCUCCGCACCUACGCCCCCACCUCCCGCACAUUCUACAUCCCGCUAUCCAACAUCCCGCGCGCCGACCUCUCGCUGCGUCCCGAACUCAUUCCCGUUCUAACGCGCGCAAAUCUCAAGCCCAGUGAUCUCCUCACACUAUCCGACCUACCCCCACGCUCAUCACCCGAGCUAAAACAUGCGAGAUGGGUGCUUGUAGACCAUAAUGCCCUUCAGGGCGAGCUGGGGAAGGCGUAUGGGGGGAAUGUGGUGGGUUGCGUAGAUCACCAUGAUGAAGAACACAAGAUACCGGUAUCUAGAAGCAGUGGGGAUAUAGAAGAGCCGAGGAUUGUGGAGAAGAGCGGGAGUUGUGCGAGUCUUGUUGUGCGAUAUUGUAGAUCCGCAUGGGAUGGAUUGAGUCUCGAACAGGCAGAUGUGGAGGGGGAUAAAGAGUUGGCAAGCUUGGCUGUGGCUGCUAUUCUGGUGGAUACACAGAAUUUGACGGCGGAGAGUAAGACGAUGGAGGUUGAUAGGGAGGCGGUGGGAUAUUUGCAGCGGAAGUGGGGUGGCGAGAGAGGGGAUAGGGAGGGCUAUCUGGGGGAGAUUACAACGGCGAAGGAGGAUAUUGGGGGAUUAGGUUUAGAGGAUAUAUUUAGAAAGGAUUAUAAGCAGUGGACGGAACAGGAAGGGUUUAACAUCGGUGUUAGUUCUGUGGUUAAGGAUCUCGGAUAUCUAAUAAAGAAGACUAAGGAUAAGGGGAAGUUCUUUGAUAUUUUGCGGGAGUUUGCAAGCGAUAGGGAGUUGGAUGUUUGCUCGAUUAUGACUACGUCGCAUGAGGAGGGCGCUUUUAGGAGGGAAUUACUUGUUUGGGCGUUAAAUGAAAAGGGAGUUGAGGCUGCGAAGAAGUUCGAGGCGAGUUCUAGGGAAAGGUUAGGGCUGAAGAAGUGGAAUGAGGGGCGUUUGGAUAUGGAUAGCGAGAAGGAGUGGAGGAGAUGCUGGUGGCAGCAGAGAGUUGAGCAUAGCAGGAAGCAGGUUGCGCCGCUUUUAAGAGCCGCAAUAAAUAGUUAG